AGGAAGGCGAAGGCGAUGAAAGGUGAAGCUGUUGCUGUGAGGUAGUGUAGUAGUGUGAACCCAGAAGCUGUUACCAGCAAGAUCAUCCACCCAAUUACGUCGACGGGGGUAGGAACGGAACGGUAGCUGUUUAGUUCAAUCAACCAAAACAAACACCUUCAACAUGCGUUUCUCCACCGUCAUCGCCGCUACCCUCGCCAGCACCGUCGCUGCUCAGGAUGUCUCCUCGCUCCUCUCCAGCAUCCAGGGAGGUGCCUCUUCCGUCCUCUCUGAGGUGACCGCUGCUCCUUCCUCCAUCAUCAGCGACAUCCAGUCCGGACUCUCCUCGGUCCUCUCCAACUCCGACCUCCAGUCUGUCAUCAGCUCGGUUUCUGGCGACCUCUCCUCGAUUGAGUCUUCCAUCCAGUCCGAGAUCGCCACCGUCACCGACAGCAGUGCUCUCGCCUCUGCCUCUUCCGCAAUCAGCUCUGCACGCAGCAGUGCCGCCAGCGCAGCCAGCAGUGCUGCCGGUAGCGCCACCGCCGGCAGCUCUUCUCCCGGCGUUGCCGCUCCCACUGCCGUCCCGGCCCUCGCUGCCAUCGGUGGUGGUCUCCUCGCCCUCGGUGGUCUCUUGUAAACUCUUUAAUAGCGACCUCACCACUCGCGCAUCCAGUGUACCAUCAGCAUCUCGUCCGACAGUAUGUUUCGAACUUGCUCGAUGGAACGGAAAAGCAGCUUUUCUUAAUCAACUAGACAUGCCUCGUCUCCGACCGCAUCGACCGGGGACCGUGGCUUUGUGUAACUCUGGAUUUCUUCAUCGGUAUUCACGGGCAUAACAAUUCUGGGUGUUUAGGCUGGGUCUGUUUUUUUUGAGUUAAGCAACACGACAUAACAACAAU